AUGAAGGCAUACCUGCCGCGUACUGCGGCAUUUGCCUGGUCCCCUGCCAAUGCACAGGCGGGUGGACCUAUGAUGGCCACGGGAACAGUUGCUGGCGCUCUGGAUGAGAGUUUCAACAAUGACAGCGUUUUAGAACUCUGGCACUUGUCUGCCCCGGAUGACACCACGACGGAGGUGACUCCCUCGGUUGUUUCAUCCAUUGGAACCAGUGCGCGUUUUAACCGUCUAGGAUGGGGAUUUGCUCACAAAGACAAGCCUUUCGGUUUGCUUGCCGCUGGUCUGGAGAAUGGCGAGGUUGGUGUGUGGGAUGUCGGCAUGAUGUUAAACCCUGCUACGGCCCCACAAUCCCAGGUCCUUCGCAACACUAUGCACAAGGGCACCGUCCGAGGCCUCUCGUUCAACCAGCCGCAGCCUAACCUUAUUGCGACUGGCUCGGUGAACGCGGAGAUCUAUGUGUGGGACCUCAAGUCGCCAGGCAAACCGUACACGCCGGGCUCUCGAUCGCAGCAUUUGGAUGAAAUUUCCAGCUUGGCUUGGAAUGGCCAAGUGCCAUAUGUUCUCGCUACUGCGUCCACAAAUGGGUGCACUACUGUGUGGGACCUUCGCCACAAGCGCGAGAUUGCUGUUCUACGUAACAUGACUGCAGGCGGGCCUAUGAGUACAGCUGGUGGUUCUGCACGCAAUAUCAGCUCUCUCGCCUGGCAUCCGCUAAGCCCUACACGGAUUGCCACGGCUGCUGAAGAUGACAUGAACCCUGGCAUUGUGCUAUGGGAUCUGCGCAAUUCGCGUGCUCCUGAAUCUGUACUGCAAGGUCACGAGCAGGGCGUUUUGGGCCUGUCAUGGUGCAAGCAAGAUGAAAAUCUACUGCUGUCCUGCGGUAAGGACAGUCGUACGCUCUGCUGGAACCCACAGUCGCAUGAGAUUGUGGCGGAGAUGCCUCCGCGAGCGAACUGGGCAUUUGACGUGCAAUGGAACCCACGCAACCCCAACAUGCUAGCUACGGCCAGCUUUGAUGGUCAUGUUAUGGUACAGUCGCUGCAGGACACCAACGUCGUGGAUGACCAGAAUGCACCGACAGAUACGACCAACAUGAACCCAGACGACCUUUUCAAUGCGCUUGGCAACGCCCCACCUCCUUCGUCGGGCGGUAUGCCUUUGGUGACUGCGCCCAAGUGGCUACGGCGCCCAGUUUCAGUGUCGUUUGGAUUUGGUGGUCAGCUGGUGCGUAUUCCUAAGCCAGUGCCCGGUGGUCGCAGCUUCCCGAUCCAAAUUAUGAACGUUCGUACAGAGCCUCAUAUUGCGAUACGUGCACAAACUCUAAGCGAUGCUCUGGACCAAGGCACUUUGCAGGAGUUCUGCGCAGCGCAGAGCAGCCAUGCGGACACGAGACCUGCGGACAUUGCUAACUGGAAAGCACUGCAGACACUCUUCCAAGCUGAAUCUCGUGAUGAACUCGUUGAGCUUCUGGGUUUCAGCAAGUCUUUGGUGUCGUCGCGUAUUCAGGAUGCCGUCAGCGCCCUAGGUCCUUCACUGCUGGAGGAUGAGGCCCAGGAAAUGCCCGUCACGGAGCAAGCUUCUGAAGCGACCGAGCACGGCGAUCCUGCCGCCUUUUUCGAUAAGAUGCCGAGUGAGCUACCGCCGCCACCGGCACCAGUGGAGCCUUUCCGUUUGCAUCCCGGUGGUGAGCAGGACCCAGACCGUCUAGUGACACAGGCGCUCAUCCUGGGUGACUUUGAGAGUGCUGUUUCCUUGCUAGUGUCACAAGAUCGCUUUGCUGAUGCCCUUGUCCUUGCCACGCGUGCUGGCGAUGAGCUGCUGGUGAAGACACAGCGUGCCUACUUCAAGCGCCAUGCCACCCGCCUUCCUUACCUGCGACUUCUUCAAAGCAUUAUUUUGGAGGAUCUGUCGGAUGUGGUACUGUACGCGGAUCUGAGUGAGUGGCAGGAGAUCUUUGUGGUGCUGUGCACAUUUGCAAAACCUGAGGACUUCCAUGGCCUCGCUGAGCAGCUGGGUCAACGCUUGGAAAACCGCUACCUGCAGUCAGUGCAAAGUGGUAUGGGUCGUGAGGCACUCAAUGACCGCAAGAAUGCGGUUUUGUGCUAUUUGGCCGCUGGUCGUCUGGAAAAGGUCAUGUGCAUGUGGAUUGAUGAGAUGAAGGAGGAAGAGAUUGCGCUGAGGCAGGGCGCGGGCCAUGAAGAAGAUUCACAGUACUCUGCUCACGCCGAGGCACUUCAGACGUUCGUGGAAAAGGUGGUUGUCUUCCAGCAGGCUGUGCAAUACACAGAUGAGGAUCUACAGCCACCGCCCAUGAAUGAGGACGGCACUGUGCCAUACAGGGAGUUUAAGCUGGCCCCUCUCUACGACUAUAUCCUGGAGUAUGUCAAUGUUCUGGCCGAACAAGGCCUUGUGGACAUUGCCCUCAAGUUUGUGGCUCUCACACCGGCGGACUAUGUACCGCUGGGUGGUACAAGCAACGCCGAGUGGGCACACGACCGCUUGCUGCGGGCCAGCGAGGCCAGUGGGUACACAUACGAUCAAGGCGCGUACACCCAGCCCGGUAGCAGCGGGAAUGCUUAUGGACAAAGCACCUACGCGCAGCCCACGUACGGCAUGGCGCCUCUCGACCCCCCGCCCAAGACAACGACGGCCCCUGCCCACUCUCCCGACGAUUCCUGCUGUGCCGACAGUGCCCACAGCUCCUCCAAUGAGUACGGCUCCUACUGUGCCAGCUGUGCCUGA